AUGCCGAAAUGUAAAGGAAUCACGCUUGAAGAAGCCACCAUCGACCAAUUGCAAGAGUACCUGAAUGCUGGAACCAUCACAUCUGUCCAUCUCCUCAGGUGCUGUCUUGACAGAAUACACCAAGUCGACAAAUAUAUUAGUUCGAUCAUGGAACUCAAUCCAGAUGCCGAGAAGAUAGCCAUAGCACUUGACGCUGAGCGUACUGCUGGUCACGUGCGAGGCCCACUACACGGUAUACCAUACAUUGUCAAAGACAACAUUGCGACCAAAGACCGGAUGGAGACUACGGCAGGAAGCUGGAUGCUAAUGGGAAGCGUGGUACCUCGAGAUGCGCAUGUUGUUGCAAAGUUACGGGAAGCAGGCGCUCUUCUGAUGGGCAAAGCAACCAUGUCUGAAUGGGCUGAUAUGCGAUCGAACAACUAUUCCGAAGGGUACUCGGCAAGAGGUGGUCAAGCGAGAAGUCCUUACAAUCUAACCGUCAAUCCUGGGGGAAGUAGUACAGGAAGUGCAGCAGCAGUAGCUGCGAACAUCGUUACUUUCUCACUAGGUAAGCUCAAGUCCUCAAAGAUCCAUCUCCGAUCCAACAUUGACACACCACCAGGCACCGAAACCGAUGGCAGCGUCAUCAACCCCGCAGAACGCAACUCCCUCGUUGGCAUCAAACCCACGGUAGGCCUCACCUCUCGCGCGGGCGUAAUCCCAGAAAGCAUCCAUCAAGACACCAUCGGCACCUUCGCCCGCACUGUCCGCGACGCCACCUACGCCCUCGACGCAAUCUACGGCAUAGACCCGCACGACAACUACACCUCCGCCCAAGAAGGCAAAACGCCCAAAGCCGGCUACACAUCCUUCCUCUCCAACGCCUCUGCCCUCUCAACCGCAACCUUCGGCCUCCCCUGGAACACCUUCUGGAUCCACACUCCACCAUCUCAAAAACCCCACCUCCUCUCCCUCCUCACCCUUCUCCGUUCCUCUGGUGCAACAAUCCUCAACACCACCGAGCUUCCCCAUUACCGCACCAUCAUCUCCCCCUCCGGCUGGAACUGGGACUACGGCACCACGCGCGGCUUCCCCAACGAAUCCGAAUACACAGUCGUCAAAACCGAUUUCUACAACAACAUCCGCACGUACCUUUCCUCUCUCGAAAACACAUCCAUCCGCAGCCUCGAAGAUAUCGUCGCGUACAACUACGCCAACGACGGUACCGAAGGAGGACACGCAUGGCCCGGCGGUAUCCCCGCGUUUUUCUCCGGCCAAGACGGCUUUCUCGCAUCCCUGGAAACACGGGGUGUCAUGGACGAAACGUAUUAUCAGGCCCUGUCUUUCAUCCAGCGCACCACGCGCGAGGAGGGCAUCGAUGCUGCUCUUACGCAUGAGGGACGCAAGAUAGAUGCGUUGUUGGUACCCGCGGAUGUAGGACAGACGUAUCAGGUUGCGGCGCAGGCGGGGUAUCCGAUGGUUACGGUGCCGGUGGGCGUGGGCGAGGAAACGGGAAUGCCGUUUGGACUGGGGAUUAUGGGGGGUGCGUGGUCAGAGGGGAAGUUGGUGAGGUGGGCGAGUGCGAUUGAGGAUUUGAUGAGAGGGGAAGGCGGGAGAGAGGAUAUGGGGAGGACGGUGCCGAGGUGGUUUGGGUAUUUGGAGAGAAAUGUUCCGGUUAGGAACUUGUAA